AGCCACCGUUCGAAUUCAGUGCACUGCUUCGAAGCACCUGUUUGUUUAUCCCACGCAAAUUUGUUGAACGAGCUCAAUCAUGAAGGCGUUCAUUGUAGUUCUGCUAGCGAUGGCCAUUGCUUUGGUGGCCAGUUUCCCGGCUGCGGACAUUAGCGGGUCCGCCGAUCUGGAAAGGGCAAACCGGGUGGCCAGGAGCAGCGCGUGGGAUGAAGACCAUGGCACCAUCAAGGAAAUCACCGUUCACAAGACAGUUCACGUUCCCUAUCCGGUCGAGAAGAAGGUCCCGGUUGUGAUCGAAAAGAAGGUCCCAGUGUACAUCACCAAGACGAUACCGGUAUCGAUUAAGAUCAAGCACAUCAGACAUAAGCACUAGAAGUUGUAAGAUAAGGCUGUUAAUAUAUUUUGUA